AUGGUUCAAAGAAAGGUGCCCAACAAACUCGGUAAUGGAAUCCAAGGUGAUCUCCUUAAAACAGAAAGGCUGUUGGGAAGCCUCAAACCAUCAUAUUGUCAGCACCAAGCAACUGACUUGAAGAAAAAAAUGAAAAAUUCAAGGUCAAUUAAGCUCUCAGAAGGCAGUCUAAGAUCAUCAUCACCUUUGAGGAAAACCUUUGCACAACCUGGAAAACCACCACCUCUCAAUGUUCUUCCAGCUACAACUCCACAGAAUAAAUCUGUGAUCAAAGCUGUCGAUGGAUCACCAAACUACAUGAAGUCUACCAGCAGUUCCAAGGCCAAAAAGGAGAGUUCUCCGGUAAGUUCUCUAGCUGGUUCAGAUAGCAAGAAUCUACGUAGAAGAUGUUCAACCGGUUCUAUCAGCUCUGAUUCUUGUAAUAAGGCAGCUGGUGCUAGAACUCUAACAAGGACAUCUAAUUUGAAGCUGGUGAGGACUUUGACAAAAUCUCCUACUUUCAAGCCGGCUAGAGCUUCGGCCAAAAAAUGUUCCAGGGUCGCUUUAUGUGCAGAUAUGAAUGUACAGAGGGCUACCUGUUCUUCAACUUUAAAGGAUUCAAAGUUUCCCUCAUAUCUCAUGCUGAAUCAUGGGACUGAGUCUGAGGGAACUUCUAUUAUCAAGGUCUGCCCAUAUACUUACUGUUCCCUUAAUGGUCAUCACCAUACUCCUUUGUCUCAAUUGAAAUGUUUCUUAAAAGCAAGGAGACGUUCUAUGAAAACCCAGAGAAGCAUGAAGAUGGAAGCUUUGAGCCCUCGUAGAGUAAAGCCUUCUGGUGAUGGAACGGAGGGGGGUGACGAAGAGCCUGUGGUUUUUGCUGACAGGCCCACCAGCAAUGGAAUGGAUUUGGAUAUCUCCCCUUCUCAUUUGAUGCAAGGGGGAGCCAUGGAUUUCUUCAUUGAAAUCUAUGCAAAAAACAAAGGAAAUGACGCUGAAGCAACCCAUGGAAGCACACAAAUGAAGGCCAAGGGAAAGGAUAAUUCUGGAUAUGACAAUGAAGCAGGGGUAGAGCUAAUUUCAGAUAGUUCAUCUGAAGGAUCACCAGACUCUGAGAUUGAUUUUGAUGAAAAAAUUGAACAUUGUGGUGACAUUAUUUCCAAAAUUGAUGAUAUCAGUGAAACGCUCAAACAAAGAGACGCAGAUGAAGAAUCUAGGGGAGUUCUGAUUAAAGAAGAAUCACCACCCUUGAACUUAAAAGGUGAUAAGCAUGAAAGCGUUUCAAGGGUUGACGUGGACCAUGCUAUGUUUCAAGUUAUUGAUUUGGAGUGGGAAGAGUGGCAAUUUUCUGCUUCAGAGCCUGAUUAUGAAGCCCAUUCUUCAAUGGAAUCUGAUUUGGAUACUGGGGAUUCGUCAGAAAGUCAUAGGGAUAAUCUGUGUGAUGAAAUUCUGAUCAAUUCAGAUGAAAGUAACAGCAACACUGCAAAGGAGGUUUCGGCUGAUGGAGCAGAACAAGCCUUUGAAGAAACCUUGAGCUACAACCAAGUUUCCUCCGCUGAAGACAUGUUGGAGGUAUCGGUAGCCAUGGAAGAAGAAAACACUGAAACAGAUUUGAUAGGCAUCUUUACAACAGCUUCUUCAAGAAAGAAGUUACAUGAGGAACCAACACCAAGCAAGGAGAAAAUGCUGGAGAAUGGAGUUCCUGGAACAGUUAAUGAUGUUUCUGAAGCACUAGAAGUUCCUGAAAACAUCAGCACUAUUGAUUUGAAUGAAGAAGCUUUUGACUUAACCGAGCAAUUUCAGCUCCACUCAUUUAAUAAGUUGAAGCAAGAUGAAACAAAUGAAGAUUACAACAUAGUCUGGAAGCCGGGGGAUACGGAAGCAGAUCAGAUUGACACCAGCUGUGAUUUCUGUCCAGAAAAUAAACUUCCAAGUGGUGAAACGGGAGACAAAACGGAAGCAGAGAAAGUAGCUUAUUCCGAAUUAUUGAUUGGAUUCCUUGGUUUAUCUCAUGUUCUACCAAGGGCAGACGAUGAAUUUGAGGUAGAAGACAAUGAAAGGUUUUCAACUCGAGAUACUGCUCUAGAGAGCCUUUUUUCCCAGAGUCAAGAUCAUCUGUCAGAUAGCCAACAUAAGAAUGUGCAUGUUGUAGACAAUCAGAGUGCCCUAGAGGAAGAUCAAGAAGAAGCUAAGUUAAAAGUUCCUACUUCCAUGGAUCCAGAGAAGCAUAACGGUUCAAGGAUGCAUAAAACUCGUUUAGCUGAUGGCAGUGAAGUUGGGAAAAUGGAAUUCGAGGAUAGUGCUACUGCUGGAUUGGAUGUGGCAGAAACAUACCCUGCAGCAAAUGAUAAAACUAAAACCAUCCCCAAGCCAAGAAGCAAGUUCUCCUUCACUAGAAACAAUGCUAAAGAAGAAGUGCCUGAAAAUCAUAGCGACAGAAAAUGGACAAUUGGGUGCAAAAGACACGAAGAUAACUAUGAGGAGAAAAAGAAAUUCAACCCGCGAGAACCAAACUUCUUGCCUGUUGUUCCAGAGCCAGAUGCAGAAAAGGUUGAUCUCAGGCAUCAACCAAUGGAUAAAAGGAAAAAUGCAGAGGAAUGGAUGCUCGAUCAUGCACUACAACAAGUUGUCACCAAACUUGCUCCGGCUAGAAAACGAAAGGUGGCAUUACUUGUUGAAGCCUUUGAAACAGUCCAGCCAAGAACUAAAUGUGAAACUCAUUUGAGGCAAACUUCAACAGGCUUUGGCCAUGGACAAUCCAUUCAAGCUUGUAAUUGA